UUUGAUCCCACCACCAGCGGUAUAUGGGGCCGGUGCCCUACUCCUUUGAGCCACAGGCAUCGCCCGUACAGGAUGCAUUUUAACUUAUUAUAAGAAAUAUACAUGACUUCAUGGAUAAUGAAAGAAUCUUAAAGCAGUGUAUACCCAGGUUUUCCCACUUAUUCUUUGUGGUGUAACUAUCAUGAUUUUUAUUUCUACAUUGUAACAGCACAAUACAUAGUUUUAUUUUAAAUAAAAUUUUUUUUAGGCUGGAGUGCAAUGAUACGGUUAUAGCUCACUGCAGCCUCCAACUCUUGGCUGAAAGAAUCUUUCUGUCUCAGUUUCCCAAAUAGUUAAGACUAUAGACGUGGACCAUCCCGCUGGCUAAUUUUUUAAUUGUUGAGCGGGGUCUGGCUAUGUUGCGCAUCCUGGUCUCCAGCUCCUAGACCCAAGUGUUCCUCCUGCCUUGGCCUCCCAAAGUGUUGGGAUUACAGGCAUUCGUCACCACACUUAGCCUAAAUGAUCAUUUAAAAAUUAAUUUUCCAUCAAGAAAGAGCAUGUUUUAUACUUUUAUCUGCAUAUUUACUAUCUUUGGUGCUUUUCAUUUCUUUUGUAGAUUUGAGUUUCAAUCUGGUAUCUUUUUGCUUCAACCUAAGUGUUCGCCUGCUUCCCAAAUCGUGGGUAAGGAACGAGUCAGCAUGAUGACAAAUACAAAUGAAGUGCCAUCAGAUCAUUUGAGAUGCAUUAUCAAAUCCGUCUCGCAGAAGCUGGUCUCAGAGCAUGAAGGACCGAAGGAGUUAAUAGACACUCAAAUGUAUCCUUUCUCUCAGGGAAUUUUGAUCUUCUCCAGCAGUCGGCCAGUGGAUCUGAACUUGCAAGAGAAGAAUAACAAAAACAUCUGCAAGGCAGUAACCUUGAAAACUUUCAUGGAAAAUGGCUUUGAAUAUAUCCAACGCAUCAUCAUCAAUGGAGCUCAGAAUUUCAGCACUGAAGUUGGGGAAUGGUAUAAGAAGGCAAAAACCAUCACUCAGAGAGCACAGCCUCGCCCAGGAGUUUUCUGGAUCUUUCUAGACUACUUCAAGGGCAUCUCCAUCUUAUUUUUCUUUUUUUUUUUAACAACUUAUUGUUGGGGAUAAUUCAUUGAGGGUACUAUAAGCCAGGUUACACUGAUUGCAUUUGUUAGGUAAAGUCCCUCUUGAAAUUGUGUCUUGCCCCCAGAGCAUCUCCAUCUUGAAUGAGACUGGUCUCCCCCUUUUCUCAGGCCAGUAUCCAAAAGCAAAGCUGACUGCAGAAACAAUAGUCAACUUCUUACAACGAGAAAUGCAAGUAAUUAGAAGUAAUCCCCCAUGUAAUGUCCCCCCUGAAUCCCUAAAAAUGAUUCUUGGAGCUGAGUGGGCUCAGGGUAGUCAGGGAUUCUUACAAAUCGAGACAGACUUGACUUUUCAGGAAAUAGUGACCUAUGUGGCAGACACCUGCAGUUCUCUCUAUGAGAAGGGCUGUUGUAUUUAUCAGGAUGUUGCUGUGCUUGCCAGCACCACAAUGGAAGUGGAGUUUUACAGGCGUGAGAUCCAGAGAGCAAUGGAGAGCAAAAGCGUUGGGCAGCUUAGUGAUGCAGGUAACAGGCUCCUGACACUGAGGAAGAAGAUUGCGCAGAUUAGAAAGGAAUGUAAAGGGAUUGAGUUCCUGAAAGUGAUGAGAAAGAAAGGGGUUAAGCGGCUUAGUAGUAAUGCACGUAACAGGCAUGAGCUCCAGACAGCGAGGAAGAAGGAAAGGGAUGAGCAGUUUAGAAAGGCACGUAACAUAACCGCUGAUCUCAUUGUUUUUGACAGUAUCCAGCAAUUCUCAGGGCUGGAAAGGAGCGUGGUUUUUGUGAUCCUUCCGCAACAUCUAAUAUCUUAUGCGAUAUUCGGCUCUGUCUGGCUUCGAGGGCAAAACAACAACUACAUAUUCUGAGGUGUCGGUCGUCACUAUUAGGAAGAACUCCUAACGAAAAGGAGAUGAGAUGCGGGCACAGACGGGAACUGUCCUCCUCCCUUCUUGCUCUCCUUUCAGGGGUUCCUCCCUCAACUCUUUUUAGCAGCUCUGGUUGCCCCACAUUCUGUCCCCCUGAUUUUUCCAGAUAGAAAGAUGGUGAUUUUCUGUGGGAGCUUUGGCAGACUUGUGCCCGGCACUCUGGGUACAAGCCAUGAAAACAAGAAUCUCAUUCUGUGACUUUUCAGUGAGAGCGGAACUUGUAGAAGAGUUUAGAGAGAAUCUCAACACGUAGAUAACUACAGGUUUGGAAAAGCGGUUUAUUUUCCUUUUUAAGGGAGGAAAGAGUCCUGGAUGCAAAAGGAAGUGAGAAGUGUUCCCCCAGGGGAAAGGAGUUUGGGAUUUUUAUUGGCAUAAAGGGAAAAAAUUAGUUAUUGUUGUCAGCUGAUAGCAAAAGGCAGCUGUGAAGUGGCUGUGCGAGGUUUUCCUUUUUUCGCCUCUUCUCUGUCAGGCGGACUUAUCAGUUUCUCAAGAACACGGUCUGAUGGCAUGUGGGGGAGGGCCAUUCUCCGUGAGAUAGUUUAUUAGCAACGCCGGUUUUCAUCCCCCGCUUCUAUUAGAAUUGAUAUUCUUAUCAAUGGAUUCGAGAGUAGUUUCGGCUGGGCUGAAACAAUAAGGGCUCUAAUUUGGUUUCGUACUAACGUUAUAAUAUGGCGGAGAAUAUAGGGUCCGAAAAUGAGUAUUAAAUGAGAGUUGUUAGUUCUAAGAGAGACGUUAACUAAGAAAUAUGGCCACGCAUGAUGAGGAGAGUCCACGAUUUUGACGAGUUGGAAGGAUUUUUGCACUGCGAGGAAAGAGGGAUGUUACAGAAUGCGUGCAGGGGUGUUACUGAACGGGUGUUAUCAGAGUUGUGAGUAUUGGCAACAACGGACCGGCCUGAUAGGUAAGUUAGGAUGUGGCGAUAUUUGUAGAAUGACAAGAGAAGUAUAAGGAGGAGAACAAGGACAAGCAACCGUAUAUACUAGAGUAUACUAUUGAAGUUUACGAUUUGGGGGCUUUUGUCAAGUAAAUAGAAGUCUGGUAUGGAUGAUGGGCUGGCUGGUACAGGCCAGUGGAUUUUCAGUGAGUUCAAGGUGGUGGAAGUAGGUUCCUCUGGAGGAUCAGUGGGUUUGUGUUGGGAGAGAUGAAACCAGGAUCGGAUUUUUAGAAGCUUAGUUGUAGUGAGAGUAGUGCGAAUUAUUUGCAAGGGACCUUUUUGCAAACGGUAGAAGGGCCACAUUUGUCUUGUGACAUCUUUAAGUAAAGCCCACACUCCAGGUUUUAAAUGUUGAGUUCUCUUUAAAUUAAGGGGUUGAGGGAGGUGGGCAUAUGUAUAUUUUGAAAGAGUUGUCAAGUGAUCUCAACCAUUGGCAAGGAAGUUUUAGGUGAGGGUGGGGAAAUUGAGGUCAAAGGGACAGGCGAGUUUAAAAGGGCUAAGAAGUAAAGGCACUUUAGGGCAGAUGUGGCGUCUGUAAAGAUCUAGAAAGAGCGUAGGGAAGGUUGUUUAUCCAGUGUUGUCAUCGUUUGAAGGAAAGCUUUAUAAGUUGUCGUUUAAGAGUUGUGUGAAUCUCAGGUUAGGACCUUUGACAGAAGUACCAUGAGUCGCGAGAAGUCCCUCCUCUUUUCAAAUCGCCAUGGAAGAGUAUAGGACACGAUACGUAGACUUAAAAUCAGUCUAAUGUUCUGUCGUUGAUCUUUACCUAAUGGUAAGGCCCUAAUAAGGGUGAUUAGCUCUAUCUCAGAUGGUUCAAGACCACUCUCAAUUGUAUGAGUCAAUGUAACAUUGGUUAUUCUGGUUUUUCAGUGGCCAUCUUGUAUGUAUUUUUAACGGUGUAUUAAUUACGAUCUUAAAUUUAUCUUGAAAUUUUAUUAUAAUAACAAUUUAAAAACAAGUUUAAUUAUGAAAAUUAUCAAAGUCAAUUGAAUGAAAAGUUUAGGCGGUUUUUUUUUGUUUUUUUUUUUGAGACAGAGUCUUACUCUGUUGCCCUAGGUAGAGUGCUGUGGAAUCAUAGCUCAAAGCAACCUUAGUCUCCCGGGCUCAAACAAUCCUUUCACUUCAGCCUACCAAGUAGCUGGGACUACAGGUGUCUGCCACAAGGCCCCACUAGGUUUUCUAUUUUUAGUAGAGAAUGGGGUCUUGCUCUUGCUCAGACUGAACUCGAACUCCUGAGCUCAAGCAAUCCACCUGCCACCUCAGCCUCCCAGAGUGCUAGGAUUACAGGCAUGACCCACUGCCCCAGCCUUGAGGUUUUUUUCCUGUUUGUGAUAAAAUAUUUGAAGGGGGGAAGGUUGGGAGAAGGGGCAGAAGGAGUUGAGAGGGAGAAGGGAGUGGGGAGAAGGGAGGCAGGAGGGGAUUUGGUAAACUCCCACCUAGUGGGUAUAAUGUAGGGGUAUAUGGCACGUCUUCUGGGUGAAGGGCUCAACUACAACUUGGACUUUAUCUAAAAUAUCCAAACAAUGUAACGUAAUCAUUUGUGCCCAUAUAGUGAUCUGAAAUUGUGAUUCCCUAACUCCAUCUGUUUUGAGCAAGUGAACCAGACUUACUCCAUUUGUUAAGAGCUUGCAGCUCCCCCCCCAUGCCCCAUAACCAAAAUAGCCCCUUGAGCAAGCAAGUUUACUUAUGAACUACAAUCAGUGUAACCAUGUCUUUGUAUCCUCAAAUAAUCCUAAACAAUAAA